AUGGACCUGAGCGCCGCCGCCGCACUGUGCCUCUGGCUGCUGAGCGCCUGCCGACCCCGCGACGGGCUGGAAGCGGCGGCUGUGCUGCGAGCGGCGGGGGCAGGGCAGACCUGGAGCCCGGGGGGCGGCGGCGCGGACCGACCGACCCUCGCCCCGGCCACGGGCGCUUCGGCUGUCCAGGCCGCGGUGGUUCCGGGGGCCCGCGCCGCGCAGCGCGCCGCGGGCUCUGGCUUCAGGAACGGCUCAGUGGUGCCGCACCACUUCAUGAUGUCGCUUUACAGGAGCCUGGCCGGGAGGGCUCCCGCUGGGGCGGCCUCCACCUCGGGCCAGGACCACGCGGACACAAUCACCGGCUUCGCAGACCUGGCGACCCAAGACGAUUCCGCGGCCGAGACUGGUCAGAGCUUCCUGUUCGAUGUGUCCAGCCUUCCAGAUGCCGACGAGGUGGUGAGUGCGGAGCUCCGCGUGCUGCGCCGCGAAUCCCCGGAGCCAGGCCUUGGCAGUGCGACUUCUCCGCUGCUGCUGCUAUCCACGUGUCCGGGAGCAGCCCGCUCGCCGCGCCUGCUGCAUUCCCGUGCUGCUGAGUCCCUGGACCGCCGGCGGUGGGAGGUGUUCGACGUGGCGGACGCCUUGCGGUCGCACCGCCAGGAGCCGCGCGCCACCCGCGCGCUCUGCCUCCUGCUGCGCGCAGUGGUCGGUCCCGCCCAGAGUCCGCUGGCACUGCGGCUGCUGGGCUUCGGCUGGCUGGGCCGAGGCGGCGCUGCGGCUGAGGAGCGAGCGCUGCUGGUCGUCUCCUCCCGCACGCAGAGGAAGGAGAGCCUCUUCCGAGAGAUCCGCGCCCAGGCCCGCGCGCUCGGGGCGGCUCUGGUCGCAGAGUCGCCGCCCGACCCAGGACCCGGCAAUAGGCCGUCGAGGAUAGUCAUUGGCGGCCGCAGGCGGCGGCGGACGGCGCUGACCGGGACGCGGGCCUCGCAGGGCAGCGGCGGGGGCACGGGCCGGGGCCAAGGGCGCAGGGGCCGGAGCCGCUGUAGCCGCAAACCGCUGCAUGUGGAUUUCAAGGAGCUGGGCUGGGAUGACUGGAUCAUCGCGCCCCUGGACUACGAGGCUUACCAUUGCGAGGGCGUCUGCGACUUCCCGCUGCGCUCGCACCUGGAGCCCACCAACCAUGCCAUCAUCCAGACGUUGCUCAACUCCAUGGCGCCCGACGCGGCGCCGGCCUCUUGCUGCGUGCCCGCACGCCUCAGCCCCAUUAGCAUCCUCUACAUAGACGCCGCCAACAACGUGGUCUACAAGCAGUACGAGGACAUGGUGGUGGAGGCCUGCGGCUGCAGGUAGCGUGCGGCCGGGGCGGGGGGCAGCCGCGCCGCCAGGGAUUCCUGCCGAAGAGCAGCUUUGGGCCGGGCCUGUCACCGAGCAUGGGUGCGCGUUGGACUCUGGCGCCGCGUCCGCCUGGAGGAGAGCACAAGUUCACACUCAACACCCACACACUCGUUCACUCACGAACACAUUCGCAGUGCACAGCAGCAUCCGCAAGCCUUGGGAAGAGGGAGACGGCCGCUACGAAUGUCACAGCCAUGUGUAUUUUGUAAGCAGAUCGCUGUAGCGCCCACUGCCCCCUUUUGGGAGAGGAGGGAGGUCGUGUUCAUGUUUCAGGAACCCGCACUAAAAACCGGGUAGAAACGGGUUAGGACUGGGGGGGCUCCAGAAUGGGUGGCCUCAAUGGGUCCUGGAGUACGUUUGUCUGACGUUUUGUUUCUGGCCCGGCGGGGAGCAUGGGUGGCUGUGUGCCUGGUGCUGCACCCUGGGGCCCCAGAAGGGUUGCAUCGCCUUGUCUAGAGGUUUGUGUUGCAUGAGGCCAUUUACUUUGAGAAGGAACUGCUGCAAAAGGUAUCCUCUCCCCUUAACUUUAAAAAAUUUAACGUGGCGUUGUCUCAGUUUUGAAAGGGCAGUUUUGUCUGAAAGAAUGUGUGGCUGGAGCGGCCCAGAUCCCUGCAAAGGUCAGCACCGCCCCUUUUUAUCAAUUCCAAUAGAGUGAUCUAGAAAGUGGAAAGGCUUUUUCUCUAUGGGGAAAAAUGAAUUGGAGGAGAGGUUCUAAACUGCAGAGUCUAAGCUGUGGUGAUAUUGGGGGUGAGGUGGGAUGUGCCAGGUUCGGAAGCCCUGCACCUAGUCAGAAGGAGGCAGUGUCAGCGUCUUAGGGGCAUUGAGAAAGGGGGACAGCUGCUGCUCUUCCAAGAGACGUUCCAGGAGGGUUUCCUAAGAAGUUGGCGUAGAUGUUGUCAGGGCUUGAGUUUCCUGGGGCCUGCUCCAGAGGAGGACUCUGGUUAGUCUGCCAGGUAGGCGCAGCCCCUUCAAAUAGCAUACCCAGAUUGGGCCGGAGUGUGCCGGCGCUUAAUGAUCCAGCCAGCGUGGAUUUAGGCUGCUUUCUCAGUGGUGUCGUUGCUGAAGUUUUUGGCAGGGUGAUAGUAAAGGGAAAUGAAGCCACACAAAAGUGCUUUUGUCGUAUUUAAACUCACAGCCCAGACCUUCAGAGCAGGAGGAAGGUCACCUCCUCUGCUCUUUGCUCGAAUUUCCGCUGUGGUUCCUUCUAGAAGGCAGGGCCUUGGUGUGGGCGGAGCAGAGGUGCAAGAUUGUCUCGGUUUCCGAAUAUUGCCCAGAAGAGUUAUUGGUGGUAGGAUGUUUGUUUAUGUAAAAGCGAGCUCGACAUGCCAACCUUCAUUGUGUCUUUAAUUUGUGCAUGCCCAGAAGUGUUUUGUGCCUUUCUGUCAAUGGUCAGGAGAGAGUUGGCCUCCACCCGCCAGGGUCUCCCAGGGCUGCUUUCAAACACCCGCAGCCCUCCCGGUGCUGUUGUGCCUUGUUGUGCUGGCUUUCUUCUUUAAGGUCCUUGGUUAGGCAUGAAUUCUGCCCUCGUCUUGGAUGAUAAGAUCCAGAAAGGUUUAUACACAUUCUAACUCUUAGUGGUUAUAUUUUACACUCCUGACACAGAGGAAAAACUAGAAAUUUAGAUAUCACUGAUUUACUUAAGGGCCCCACCUGAGUCCUUUUUAUUCUGUAAAAUUCCCCCAAAGGGAAAAAAGUCCACAUAUAAUUUAUUCUUAAAAUUAAGAUUUCCCCCUCUUGUAAUGUGAAUUUAUGUGCUCUGACUGUGUGCAUAGUCAUAAAUAACCAGAAAAAACAAAGCUUCUUCAGGUUAAAAAAAAAAAAAAAAAAGAAUAUCAGAAGUGGCCACUCUGAAACAAUUGCAUCUUAUCUUUUUGACUAGCAAAUAUGGUGCCCAGAUUUAUGGAUUUUUCCAGGGAAACCUUCCUCUUCUGUUUUAAAUGACAAUUUUAUUAGUGAUUGCUCUGAUACCUUUCAUUAUAAAGAUUAAAAAAUUGCACAAAAGUAUUACAGGUUGUAGUAUUAGAAGAUCUAGAGAGGAAGUUAAUGAAAAAAAAAUCACAUUUCAAUAGUAUUUUGAGGAAAUUUUAGGGUACUUAAUAUCUGGACAAAAGCAAACAUUUUUUUGAUACUUUUUUUUAGUGACUAGGGAUAAAAUAAAGACUUUGGGGCAAGAAAUGUCUUGAUUUAACCUGAGCUUUUUAUGGUAGGGAAAAAACAUGUCCUUUCCCCUGUUUUCUUGCUGCUGACCUCCUCCUAACAGCACGUGUCUGGGGUGAUGUAGGAAGUCAGUGUCUCCUUGGAUCUUUCCACACUGCACCCUGGGGAGAGGUGUUGUCCUUAGUCAGCACAGUCCUUCCAUGACCCUGAGCCCCAGGGUGCGCCUUGGUUUAUUGAAUAGAGGACUGUUUCCUGCGUUUCCCCUGAAGCUGUGGGAAUGACCAGGGUUCAGGGUGCCCACCAGGCUUCAGCUCUGCCCAGCCCUCUGCCUCCUCAGAGUCCGUUCUCUAGAGGUUGUGUUUCCCUGGGUUCAAAUGACAGCAAAAGGGCCAUCACACAUGGGGUGGUCAGGUUUCUGCUGCUAGGUUGUGGUUAAACUGACUUUGCCAAGACGUGGAGAGAAACAUUCUGUCAGCACAAUUGGGAGCAUCCUGUGCCAUCUGUCCUCUGGUUGGUGGGGAACAGACUAGGUGACCAGCAUAAACCCAGCUGCUCUGCUAGAGUCCCCAGCUGGAAUCUCCAGACACCACUGAUGGGGACCUGGGAUCAACUGUGUCAGAACCACGAGCUAAAGUGCUCCCCCCAUCUGAAGUCACCAAAGUGUCCCUACUAAAGCAAACAGAAUUUUCCACUUUGGGGAGAAUUGUGCACUGCUUGUUGAGAACAUUUGCUCAACUAUUUCUUAUGGAUGAAUAGGGUCUUAUGUCCCUGCUCAGGGAGCACGAGGCAGGCCUUCUGGGGCCAGGGGGUGCUGCUGCUGGGUCUGCCAAAUACCACGUCUGGGCUUGAAACCAGAAUUUUUGUGUUAUGGGAGACCCCUAGACUGGCAGGUGGACAUUCCCACCAUUCCCAAAUAAAUGCUGACUUUGUGGAAUUUGGGCUUUCCAAAUAGCUGGGCUGGGUCUUGUGGAGAAGGUGGCAGGCUCUGUGGUCUUAACCUGGAGAAGUCAGACUAGAGCUGUGCUCACUUGUUACAUAGGGAAUUUCCCUGGCGUUUGAGUGCUCAAGAGGGACAGGAAGAGAAGAGGUAUGGAUUGUGUGAGGGUAAAAGUCCCUGGAAGGCCUGUGAGGAGCUUCUCCCCUGACCGAGCACAUGAUGUACACCAGGGCUGAAGCCUGGCCUUGAGUCCUGAGGAGAGUUCCACAGCCCUGCGGAAGGAGCAGGGAGCAGUCCAAGUCCUACAAGUCCUUAUCCUGUCAGCAGGUCCACUCAGGGGCUAGAGACUGAUUUUCUUCUUAAAGCAGGGAGCAAAACUGAACUGCUUCCAAGAGCAGCUUACACACAGAGCUCUCCCCUUGCUUGAAUCUGGUCUCCUGAAGACUGAAUGUAAGGAAGAGAAGGCUCUGCAGCUGUCCCAGGGCCUUGCUGGUUCUCCAGAGAGCCUGUCCCCUUAGGAUACAGACCUCCCCCAAUGACUGAGGGCCAGAUGGUCUGGGCAGGUGGGCUGAGGGAAUCAGACUCUGAAAAUAGCAGUCUGUCCAGGGAGUGAAGGGCCUGUUUGCCCCUUGGAAGUGUCUGGGUUGGGGAGGGAAGAGAGGAUGUGGAGCAGUGAAUUCAGCAGCUAUAAAACUUUGGGAGUGGGAAGUCUUCAGACUUCUAUGCAGGCUGGCAUGUCCAAGUGGUGCUAGAGUCAGGGUCCACUGUGGGCUUCUGCACCCCCAAGUCAACUAUCUCCACAGGGUGGCCUGCACUUGCCUGGUAGGAGGACGCUCCAAUGCUGGGAGUCCACAAGGCAUCUCCUGAGAGGCCUGAGGCAAGUCAUGGACGGUACCUCCCUGUCUGAGCUUCAACUUCUGCCCCUUAAAGUGAGGAGCUCUGGGCUGGAGAUGUGGCCCAGUGGCAGAGUGGCAGACCCAGGGGGGGAAAGAAAGGACCUCUCCAGCCCAUAGGACCUAGGACUCUACUGUCCCUAAAUCCUACUCAGAUGAGUCCAAGGUAGAGCAAAUGUGAGUGCUCCUGAAAAAGUCCCCCGCUGACCCCAGUCCUAGAGCCACAGCUCCUAAGUUCCACAGCUCUUGCUUUGGUCCGUAUGCCCGUCUUAUCCUAUGCCCAGCUUCUGUAGGUGCUUCAUAGACGUUGCUUCCAUUUCUACCUGGGGCAAGGCAGAUGCAGGGGAGGUCAGGACCUCGGGGUAGGGCUCAGCUUCCUCCAGACUGAGAGCUGCCUUGUGCCCCUGGUUUUGGGGCACUGCUAACCCACUCGAAUAGCACCUGUGCCUCAUAAGGUGGGUAGGACCACAUUUAGAUAGAGAACUGGAAAGGGACUCCAACCAGCCGUAGGUGCCUCUGUUGGGGCAGCAGAGGAAAGGUUUGGGAAGGGGAGAGAGGAUGUGGACCAGUGAUCCCAGUAGGUAAAAAACUUCAGGAGUGAGUGGAAAGUCACCAUAUGCCUGUGUGGACUGGAAUGUCCAUGUGCCACUGUAGGUGUUGGCAACCCAGACAGAUGCCUGGGACUGUCCCAGAGUCCCCGAGCCAGGCAAGAAACUUGUCUUGGAGUGGGCUGCUCCCUCGAGUCCCUGCCCGACCCUACCCCUCCUCACUCACUUCGUCGUCAUUCUCUGUCUGCCUCUGAGGUCCCUCUUCACCCUUCCAGGGGAGUGACCCUGGCAGCAGGUGGCAGAAGACCUUUUCAUUGCCUGGAAGAUGGUGGUGGAGUUGACCAUUGAGAAGCACUAGGAGGAAGGGAGGAGUCAGAAAGAUUUUUUUUGUCUUUCCACAAUGUCAAAAUUUUUUGAAUAACAGUUCAUAAGCUACAUCAAUCAAUUUCGUCAUCUUUAAUUCACCAAACACUCAUGGUUCGUUUGGUGUCAUGACCAUGGCAAUCAUGGGUAAAUGUUUCAUUUGGAUUUUUCAGACACUCGGCCUUUUGCUCGAGGAGUCGCCUGACCACUUAGGUUGAAGCCAAGUUUUCUUAUGUUGCUGUUUGGAUCUUUGAUCUGUGUGCUCAGAGCACAGAGCUGCAUGAACAGGUGACCUGGACUGAGGUUCUGAUGAAGGAAGCCCCUCUUCUCAGGAAGGCCACCAUUCCAACCUGAGGAGUCACUUGCAUGGAAAGAGUCUGGAAGUUGGUCUUUUUAAUCAGUGGGGUGACUAAGGGCUGUGAACUCUGAGUGUCCGUCAGGCACGUGCUCUGUGCAGGCCCAGCUUUACCGAGCUUGGCUGCUGCUGUGCUGUGCUGAGGCUGGGCAGCAGGCCUUCAGCCAGGCAGAGUCUGGGUUGGUGCUGCAGGGCAGCCACAGCAACGAUAUCAGAGCAAGACAGCAUGGGCAGUCGAGGGGUGUGAGGUCCCAGAAAAAUCAGUGCUGAUUUCAAGACUUGCUUGCUGUUGCUGAAAAAGUUCAAAUUCAUGCUCAGAGCAGCACACCCAGCCAGUGAUCUGCUUCUUCCUGCCUCCAGCAUCUGUGCAUGGUGUGCUUGCCCUGUGUGACAAAGAAAGGACUGGUUUCUCUCACACACAUCCCCUUCAUUGGCAAGAGUGUUGCAGCAUCCACAGGAACUUCUGAGAGAUGUGUUUCUGCACAGGCAGGUGAGUUUGCAGGCUGAAGGUCUAAGAAGUACAUUUUGCUCUUGACAAAUGAACUUCCUCCUAGGUUAGGAACUCUGGGUUCAGAGAGGGUUGCCUGGGAGAAGUUGGGGUGCAGAAGCUUUUUAUCCUCUUCCAAGGGAUGCUGAAAUAGGUUGUCUAGAAAAACAAUGAAAGGCUUGUGAUCAGGGGUGGUGCAGACUUUGGGAUGAGGGUGGCAGUUUUGCCUUUAUCUUUGUUUCACCGCCUUUGGAGUUGGCAAACAGGAUCGUGGGGCAGUGGUGGCAGAAGUGGCCAGGCAGGCCAUGGGCAUGCAGCUGUCUUUGUAGUCUUGUUCCUAACCUCCAUACCUAGUUCCUGGGUCUAGAGCUGGGUGAAUGCCUUGUUCUUUCCGGAGGCCCCCCGACACGUGCCAGAAUCUAGAACCACAGCUGUCCCUUUUGGGGGCUGAGAUGUGCUCGUGGCUGACCCAGAGGAGACUUUUGGUAAGACUUGUUUCUAAAAGUCCUGCUGAAUUAGAAGUAAACACAAGCGGAUCAGAUGCACACAGGUUAAAUUGCCUUGAGGACACUCCCUGAGACACUGGAUGGGGAGGGGCAGCCUAGGCCAGUGAACUGCUUGAUGGUGGUUGGUAGUAACUCCCCUGAGGAGCCUGACUUCUCUCAGGUGCUCAGGCCGGCUACGGGCAGUCCUCACUGGGCCAAGUCUGAAAAGCAGUGACAAGGUGUGUUGAGGACCUUUCCUUGUGGCAGUUUAUUUUAUUUUAUUUUUUAUCUCUCAGUGUCUGAGGCUGCUGAGGCUAGAUAAUGGUGUGCUGUCCUGGGUUCCCCCAUGGCUUGGGGCAGCACAUCUUGGCUCGAGGGGAGUAGGCUGUCUUGAGAAAGCAGGGCCUUGCUAGCAGGGCUUGUUUUCUAGCAACUUAUAGUUCUGGAUCAGGGCCUGUCUGCAUCAGAGGAAGCCAGCCAUUCAGCAUUCUGUUUAGAAAAUGAUGAUCCAGUUGGGGGAGAAAGCAAGCUCAGGAUGAAACAUGUUUCCUGGCUGGGAAUUGGGCAAGCGUUCUAAGCCAGGAGCAGAGACUCUGGAGAGGAGGGCUGUUCUGGCCUUCUCCACCUUGGCUAGAUCACAGAUUAAACAUGAGCACCCUUAGAGUGAUUUUAUUUUUUAUAUUUCACUUUAUAUUAUAGUAUAAAUAGCUUUUAUGUUUUCUUUGACAGAGAAUCACAAUUGAGUCACUUUAGGUCUUUUAGCUGGAAGGUUCCCCACCCCCGCCGCCCCACCAAAUGAGAAGGUAAUGAAUUUUUUUUUUUAAAACAAGGAUUAACAUGCUAUCUGCAAUCUGCCCUUUCAGCAGAUGACAAUAGGGGAUUCUGAUAAGUUUGGGUUUCUGUUUUGUUUGCGUAUAAGUAAAGAAGCAGACCCUUUCACUGUGAAGGUAGCUGGCCCAGCUGCACCUGCUCCAGAGCAAUGCUGUCCGAAUGGGCCCUGGGUGGGCAGCGGACUCCUGCACAUGGUGAGCGGCCUGCAGCUUCAAAAGCAAAUUUAAUCAGAUUCCAAUACUGUGAUUUGAAGGAAAUGGCAAAACCUGAAGUGACGGUAAUGCCAUCAAGGAUCAACUACACUUCAUUCCCUCCACAGCUAAAGACAAAAUUAAUUAUUUUUAGGGCAAGUCCCUUUCAUUUUGCAGUGAUACCCACUGUUUUUCAGCUUGGCUUGGGAGUUAGGAGAUGGGGGUGGUGUUAAAAACUCAUUUGAUGCAAAGUGAAAUCUUCUUUGUUGGCAAUCUUCCAGCUCUGGUUUGGCCAGAGCAGGACUCCGAGACUUGCAGGCUGCAGACUGGCCGUCUCCCUGCUGCCCAGCCUGGCUCUGUGGGCAGCAUUCACUGGCAUCAUGAAAUGCUUCUGUGACUAGGCCAGCUACAGGGAAUUCUUCAAGGGCAGGUAUAAAUCCAUGUGUAUAGGUAUUCUCAAAUUUAAAUAGAUUGUACAUAUCAGACUGUAAAUGACCUGUAAAACAGCAAACUCUAUUUUUCUUGAUUAUUACAUAGUGGUAUAUAUUUGUUAAACA